UUCAUUUCCUCACUAUCUUGUGGCUGCUUCUUCUUCUUCCUUUUGGCCGUCUGAAACCCUACUUCCUUCAGAAACAUCUCCACAAUGCCUCCCAAGCUCGACCCAUCCCAAGUCGUCGAAGUUUACGUCCGCGUCACCGGAGGUGAAGUCGGAGCAGCGAGUUCCCUCGCUCCCAAGAUCGGUCCUCUCGGUCUCUCCCCCAAGAAGAUCGGAGAAGACAUAGCCAAGGAGACCGCCAAGGACUGGAAGGGUCUUAGGGUGACGGUCAAGCUGACUGUGCAGAAUCGUCAGGCGAAGGUUGCUGUUGUUCCGUCUGCGGCGGCGCUGGUUAUCAAAGCGUUGAAGGAGCCGGAGAGGGACAGGAAGAAGACUAAAAAUAUCAAGCAUAAUGGGAAUAUUUCGCUGGAUGAUGUUAUUGAGAUAGCGAAGAUUAUGAAGCCGAGGUCGAUGGCGAAGGAGCUGGCUGGGACUGUGAAGGAGAUUCUGGGGACGUGUGUUUCUGUCGGAUGUACUGUCGAUGGAAAAGAUCCAAAGGAUUUGCAGCAGGAGAUUAAUGAUGGUGAUGUUGAAAUUCCUCAGGAUUGAGUUUGUUUUUGAAUCUUUUUAACUUUUGAUUUGUGGUUUUUUAUAUAAAUUUGAGGUACCAUUGAACGUUUUGUUGUUGAUUUACUGUUUUGGUUAAUUUAGAUCAUUUUGAGAGAUUUUA